AUGCCUAAUCCAACUGAGAUUCUAAUUGAGAAACUCAAGCUACGACUUCUCCUUCGCGAAAGAGUAUUUAUAAAAUGGGAAGAUGAAUCAGGUACACCUUGCACAUUGGGCACUCGCUCGAGUCGUAAUAAGCAGGGUCUCAAAUUCUUCAUAGCUGCAUACCAUGAUAUGGAAGGAUGUAUUCAUAUUCACUUUUCACUUGAAGUAUCCAUCACAGUUGGAGGUAACAAACAAGAAAUAGAGAUGUUGUUGGUUGUUCCCCCUAAUGCCGACUUCGCAAAUGCUUCUAAGCCUCGUUUAAUAUCAAAUAUCAAUGAUCUAUCUCGCCUCGACGCUUCUGCUAUUCACGAUGCCGAAAUUAGCCAUUCAAUGCAUGUUCUCUGUAUACAAUUCGACUUAAUUGCUAAGGGAUUUAUUGUUAUCAAGAAGAAGACUAAUAUGACUAUCAAGCCACGAAACAUCACCUCGAAAAUUUUGAUUCGUGGUCUCGAAUCUCUAUCUAAUACAAAAUCCUUCACCGUAUAUAUCAAGCCAAAUGAUUAUGCACUGGUAGGCCUAGAAGAGCUUCGUAAUCGUUUAAGCAGCACGGGUGCUUCUAUCGACAUACAUAAACCCAAUAUCAAGGAGAUAUACAUUGAACAAACACCUGAAUUAAUGGAAUGGUGUACUACACAUGACUCAGUAUCACUGCCACCACCAUAUACCGAGAAUCCUCGUCAGCUACUUUCGGAAGUACAGGUUCCCCGAUCACCACCAGCCAUUUUCGAAAAGGGAACGCCGUUAAUCAAUACUACCGAAGCAGUAAUCGCAGAGACACCUCCUCAGCUAGUUCCGGAAGUACAAGUAGGCCUGCCAUCACCAAUCAUUUUCGAACAGGAAGCGCCUUUAAUCGACACAAUCCAAACAGUGAUCGCAGAAAAACCAGCUCGAAUUUCAAGCAGCCCUAACUCCACAUCGGUACAUGGUAUUUUCUCUCCUAGCCGUGAAGAGUCGUCAGAUAGUGAAGUGAACUUGAACCAUAUGGGAGAGGAUUCGAGAUGUACUCUAACGAACUUCGAUAUAGAUUCAGAUGAGGAACAGCUCGCUAACCUCAACUCUCGAGAACUCGAUCAUGAUCCGGAGAUAUCACAAAUGCUUAAUUCGAAGUUGUUGAAAUGGGUACAAACAGUGAUAAGGAUGAAUUCAAACGUUCACGAACAUACACGCUUAACUACCAAAUUGUCAAUUUUGGGCAAGUGUAUCCGUACAUCAAAUGCUAGCAUAUUUGAUGCUACCUUACUCUGGUGCUCUGCACUCUUUUUCUACGACCCGCUCGAUUCCGAUCCUGACAGCACUCUUGGAUUAUGGGAGGAGAGAAAUUCAUGGCUCAUUUCGGACAUAGCCAGAUUGAUUCAAUGGGCUAAUGGAAUGCACCAUAACGUCGAGACGAAUUCGUCGCUUUGGAAACAUUUCAUAAAGCUGGGUGAUGCUGCUCGUACUGUUGCUCUGAAUACUAGAUUCAAUAAUUACAAGUAUUAUGAUCAGAAAAGUGUAUGCAUUGUUUGUAUAUUAGCGGAAUUCCGCGACCUAGGUGGUGGUGGUGGUGAUGGUGGCAUCAGCAAAGAGAGCAAAUCUGCUUCUCGAAAAGGCUUGGGAACCGCAAGUAAUGCGUCUAAACGAGUAAAACUGUAA